AUGUCACCUAAACUUUUUAAUACGGUGCUAGAACAUGCUUUUAAGAAUUUGGAUUGGAUGACAAAGGGAAUAAAAAUAGAUGGAGAAUAUCUAAACAACUUACGUUUCGCCGAUGAUAUACUUAUAAUAGCUGAAGAUCUAGGUAUGGCAAGAGAGAUGGUACAGGAACUCGUUGUGGCUACAGAAAAUGUAGGUAAAUAUAAAUAUCUCGAAAACAAAAAUCAUGACCAAUUUGGUACCCAACUAGAACAUCAGUAUUGGUGGGAAAGAAAUAGAACUCGUAGAUAGAUAUAAAUACCUAGGACAUGAAAUUAUGAUUGGCAGAGAUAACCAGACUCAUGAACUGAACGGAAGAAUCGGCUUUGGGUGGGCAGCAUUUGGAAAACUGAGAGAAACUUUUAAAAGUGAGCUGCCCAAAUGCCUAAAGAGAAAGGUAUUUGAUCAGUGCGUCCUCCCAGGCUUGACGUUCGUAGCAGAAACACUUACCUUAACAAAAGCAGCAGCUACCAAACUGAGAGUCACGCAGAGAAGAAUGGAGCGGUCCACGUUAGGAAUAACUCUGCGAGACAGAAUAACCAACGAAGACAUCAGGAGAAGAACCGGAGUGACUGACAUCAUCAAGAAGAUAGCCAGACUAAAAUGGAGAUGGGCAGGACACAUAGCCAGAAUGACAGAUGGGCGAUGGAAAAAGAGGUUAUUGGAAUGGAGACGGGGUUGGAAACAUGAGGAAGAGGCCUAUGUUUAGCAGUGGACUCUUGAGGCUUGAUGA